AUGGCCGGCCCACUUGGGAGCCCUGCUGCCCAGUUCUCCGGGCCGCCGUACAUGCAUCCUUUCCGCCCCGCGUCCUCGAUGAGCGCAAACAGAUUCGACGAAGGCUACUCCGAGGAGACACGCAGUCAAAGUGGGAGCGACAUGGUCAUGAGGAGCGAUUCGCGGCUGGCUGACGAUGGGAUCCAGCCUGACUCUCCAUUCACCCUGCCCGACUGGGUCAUGGCCCUGAGCGAGGGCGAGCGAAGUGAAAUCGUGCAAAAGCUGAACCCGUUGCUCCACCUCGAUCCCGUACUGCAUCUCCCGCCCGAAAUCACCUUCCAAAUCUUGUCAUAUCUCAACCCGGAGACCUUGCUGCGCUCGUCGACGCUCUCCCGAGCAUGGAGGAACCGGGUCUUAGACAGCCCGCUGUGGAAGCUAUUAUUCCGUCUCGAGGGAUGGAAUAGCAACUUUACACAAGUGCGCGCAUUCGAAGAGGAACAAAAGCAGAGACGUGUCGAGGGCAAGGAAAAGGAGCGCAAGACGCGACCACGAGCCGCCGAAGACGUCGAGUACGAUAAGCCUUCGAGCAAGAAGCGUGCGCGAGAGCGACAAUUGUUCGGCGAUGGCCCACCAGGAAACAGCAUACCAGAAUCUGCGGACGGCAGUUCCUCCUGGAGCGAGCAACAUGGACUUGUCGAGGCCGACGACAGUCCCACGGCUCGGGCAGAAGAUCGGAUGGAGGGCCUAUCUUUCGACAACGACUCGUCCGUUGAGACACAGGAGCGAAAACUCAUUACUGCUGGGAGCUCAUCCGCGGCUGACUUCGAUCUUUCGGGGGUUCCAGUACAACCAUCAUUAUUACUGCCUGGGUCGGAACCCAAAAUCAACUGGCAAUAUCUGUACAAGCAAAAGCGACGACUUGAAGACAACUGGAACGCUGGACGAUUUUCCAAUUUCCAGCUCCCACAUCCUAACCACCCGGACGAAGCUCAUACUGAGUGCGUGUAUACGAUACAGUAUUCGGGCAAGUACCUGUUUGAUGAGCGACCUGGGCAAGAUGUCAUCAUCUCCGGAGGCUCCGACUGCAGAAUCAUUCUUUGGCGAUUCUCUACUGGGCGUAUCAUCAAGGAGAUUGAGAAGGCGCAUUCCGAGUCUGUCUUGAAUCUGAAGUUCGACGACCGGUACUUGGUCACUUGUUCGAAAGACAAGACGAUCAAAGUGUGGAAUCGCACGGAGAUCAUGCCUACUGAUGACACCUAUCCUUCAUCGACACUAAAGUCUGCAGCGAAGUUUCCUUCAUACAUCAUCAACAUGCAAGAAUACGUUGAGAGCCAACAUCUGUACCUGAAACCAUUGCUUCCGUACAGUCUGAUUAUGACUUUAGAAGGUCACGGUGCGGCUGUGAAUGCUAUCCAAAUUCUGGGUGGAAACAUAGUUUCAGCAUCGGGGGACCGCAGUGUCAAAGUAUGGAAUGUACGGACAGGUGCUUGCAUACGGACCUUUUCGGGCCACAGCAAGGGUAUUGCAUGUGUGCAGUUUGAUGGCCGCAGGAUCGUCAGUGGCAGUUCGGACGAAACCGUGCGCAUAUUCGACCAAGCAACGGGGGCCGAAGUUGCCUGUUUACAGGGCCACACUAGUCUCGUUCGUACUGUGCAGGCUCAGUUCGGCGAUCUUCCAGGCAAUGAAGAGGAGCUUGAGGCACAGGCACGAGCGGUCGACCGGAACUUUUUCGAUGCGCAGAAUAGGGGUCUCGUCUCAAAUGUUCUUAGCAAGAAUCAGCGGCGAGCUCGGAACGCAGGGUCAAGAGAUCCGAAGGCUAUAUUUGCCUAUGGCGCAAAGCUUCCACCUGGCGGAGGUGGAAGCAAGUGGGCCCGCAUUGUUUCCGGUUCCUACGACGAGACCGUCAUCAUCUGGAAACGCGGACCUGACGGAGCAUGGGAAAAGGCACAGACCUUGUACCAAAACGAAGCCGUUAGGAACGCAGGAGGUCGACCUAGACGACCCGCCGUUCUCCCACAGGCAAAUGCUCCUCAAGCAAACCAGAAUCCACCUCAGAACAACCCGCCACCGGCACAAGCUGCGCCUCAAAACAACUUCCAAGCCCUCGCCCAGCAGGCACAGGCACAAGCGCAGGCAGCACACAAUCUCGCUCAACAAGCACAAGCGCUUCAUGCAGCUUCGCAAGUUGCGCAGGGCACUAAUGCCAACGUCACAACCGCUACCACAAACGUGACCACGGCAGCCGCAGCGGCUGCUCAAGCGGCUGCUCAUCCUGCACAAGCAGCUGCACAACCACCACAAGGCGCAGCAGCGCAUCAUCACCACCAUGGACAUCAUCACCACCACCCGCACCCCCUCGCUGGCCCGCUGAACAACCAGGGCACCAAUUCGCGCGUCUUCAAGCUUCAAUUUGACGCUCGCAGGAUCAUCUGCUGUAGCCAGGACCCAACGAUUGUUGGAUGGGACUUUGCCCAGAACGAUAAGGAUAUUAUCAUGGCGAGUCAGUUCUUUGGCGAUUCGUUCUAG